AUGGCCAAGGAAGGCGCGGAGAAAGCGGACGAGACGGAGCAGAUGAUCGAGAAGGAGGGAGGCAAGGAAGCUGCCGAGGGCAGCGGCGGCAGCAGCAGCCUGCGGGCAGGGGACACCAAGGAGAUGCGAGCCGUGCUGCUGUCUGGCUUCGGGGGGCUCAACAAGCUCAGGGUGUCCAAGAAAGUCAUGCCGGAGCCUCAGGAAGGGGAGCUCAAAAUCCGAGUCAAAGCCUGUGGUUUAAACUUCAUUGAUCUGAUGGUGCGGCAGGGGAAUAUCGACAAUCCUCCCAAGACACCACUUGUUCCUGGAUUUGAGUGUUCUGGGAUCAUAGAAGCUCUGGGGGACAGUGUGGCAGGGUUUGAGAUUGGAGACAGAGUAAUGGCUUUCGUAAACUACAACGCAUGGGCUGAAGUAGUAUGUACCCCAGUAGAAUUUGUCUACAAGAUUCCUGAUGACAUGAGUUUUUCUGAAGCUGCUGCCUUUCCUAUGAACUUUGUAACUGCCUACAUGAUGCUCUUUGAAGUGGCCAACCUAAGAGAAGGCAUGUCUGUGCUGGUUCACUCUGCAGGAGGUGGGGUGGGUCAAGCCGUUGCUCAGCUCUGCUCAACGAUCUCUAGUGUUACUGUUUUUGGAACAGCUUCCUCUUUCAAGCAUGAAGCAAUCAAAGAUUCAGUAACUCACCUGUUUGACAGAAAUGCAGACUAUGUCCAAGAAGUAAAGAGAAUCUCAGCAGAAGGAGUGGAUAUCGUUCUGGAUUGUCUGUGUGGAGAAAAUACUGGAAAAGGCCUCAGUCUUCUCAAACCACUUGGGACUUACAUUUUAUAUGGUUCAUCUAAUAUGGUUACUGGGGAAACAAAAAGCUUCUUUAGCUUUGCAAAAUCAUGGUGGCAGGUUGAGAAGGUGAACCCUAUCAAGCUGUACGAAGAGAAUAAAGUCAUUGCUGGAUUUUCUCUGCUAAAUCUACUUUUCAAACAGGGCCGAAGUGGCCUAAUUAAGGGUAUAAUGGACAAACUCAUAACACUGUACAAUGAGAAGAAAAUCAAGCCUCUGGUUGAUUCGUUAUGGGCCCUGGAAGAGGUGAAGGAGGCCAUGCAGAGAAUCCAUGACAGGGGCAAUAUAGGAAAACUUAUUCUGGAUGUGGAGAAGGCACCCACUCCGCUGAUGGCCAAUGACAGCACAGAGACAAGUGAAGCAGGAGAAGAGGAGGAGGACCAUGAAGGGGACAAUGAGAAUAAAGAACGCAUGCCAUUCAUCCAGUAA